AUGCCUUCAAUUGCGCAUCCUCGCUUCAUCUUCUACCUGCUCUGCGCCGCCUCUCUGCUCGCUGUGGUGCGCUCCGAUCCCAACAGCACUCGGAAGCCGCGUCGCUAUGAAGAUUCCAAUGAAGACAUCGCCUACGAAGCAGCAAAACAGUUGGGUCAACUAAAUUAUCGCCUCAAUCAGUUGGCUUUCGAAGAACAGUCACGACAAAUUUCUCUGCCAAAUGUGACCAUUAACAACCUGGUGAGCCGCAUACCCUGUACCUGUGACAAGGGCAUAUGCAAAUGCUGUGCGGGUUUUUUAUCCGUGAUUGGCUUGAAUAGCUGCACCGAGGUGGUCUACCGACCCGAAGAGUUCUCCUUCGAGUUGCGCAUGCGCGUCAACAAUAAUGUGUGGUUCAAACGCAAAGUAUCUGGACAAAAUCCACCACCUUUCUGCUUCCGUCCGCCACGUUUCAAUUUUGCGCGAGCUUGCAUACAGUUCCAUGAUAUUUGGUUUGUGGGUCGAAAUAUGCACGUUUGCAUGUAUUUGUCGGGCUCGUUUCAAGGAUAUGAGCUGUUUGAGCGUAAUUUCGACUGCCUACUGUUCGGCGAUAAGGGCGUGAAAAUUGUCAAACCAGAGCAGGGCUAUCCAGUGCGUCCUACAGAUGUGGAUAUUGAUGAUAGCGACGAUGAGAUCGAGGAGUAUGAUGAGAAUGUGGUGCGCAGAAAGCGACACCGACGUCUGAGUAAAGUAAUGCGUUCAAAAUCUGAGGCUUAA